AUGCGCCUCGCACAAAUGCCUUGGCGGACCAAGCCACAGGUCAAGCUCAUCGACCCCAAAGAAAGAUAUGUCUUCCUGCCAUUGCUGAUUGACUACGCAACAGGUGUUGUGGAACUCGAUGAGCUUGCGCCGCUGUUCGACGAGCUCCUGCAAGAAGCCCCUGGUGUCCAGCACAUUCAAGGUGUUGCAAGCGAAGUGGAUUGGAGAAGACGCGAGAAUCAACAUGAACUCUGGUCUCUGCAGGCUAAGCUCGACUUUGAUGCUGUAGUUCUAGCAUCCGGCAGCCUGCGUAUGAAACCAGGCGAGGAACUACCAGGGCUCUCAAGAGCAUUGUCAGAUGGGAAGGCACUGUGCUUCCGCUCCUUGAGCGAUGCAGACGCGCUACGUGCUCGACUUCCGUUUGUCUCUUCUGUUGCCAUAAUCGGUGCUGGCUACGUCGGUGUUGAGCUUGCAGCAGGAUUGGCGGAGGUUAUCGUCACUGGGGCAUUGGCUCCUCCAGAGUACAAAGACAUGCCACGUGUGGCAUGGCGACGCUUCAAGCCAUCAGCCUUGGGAGAAUUCAUUGCUUUAGGGAGCACUGAAGCUGCAAGGGACUUGGUGUCGACUCAUCUCAGAGUCGAAGUCAACAACAGAGUUUGCCAGGUUUGCGACACCGCCUUCAAGUUGCAGAGAAUUGGCUGCGACGCGCCUAAUGCGGCCACCUUUGGUUCGGGAGACCUCCGCUUGGACUUUCGGUGCGAUGCUGAGGAAGGAAGUCAACUUGGCCGGGAUCGCUUGCGCCUCUCCGGUCUGGUGCCAUUUGGGCAGCAGAAGAAGGAAGUCAUGGAAAAGAUUGUCCUUGAGGAAGACUUGUCAGAGCGCCUCAAUUGGACUACCAACUCCCUAGUCAAUGCCAAGAAGAACGGGACACCCUUCAGGCAUCUCCUGCUACAUGGCCCACCCGGUACGGGCAAGACACUUUUUGCCCGAACACUGGCAAGACAGUCAGGUUUAGACUAUGCAAUCAUGUCCGGCGGAGAUGUGGGACCUCUUGGGAAAGAGGCGGUUCACGAGCUUAACAAGCUCUUUCAGUGGGCUAACAACUCCCGGAAAGGCUUGAUUCUUUUCAUUGACGAGGCCGAUGACUUUUUGCGGACUGGCCGUGGGUCAGACACUUCUGCCAUGAGUGAAGAGGCCUUCACGUGA